CGCAUGCGCGGGGGGCGGGCUGGCGCGGCGGCGGCGGAGGGGAGUUAAAAUGGAAGAUGAGGAGGUCGCUGAGAGCUGGGAGGAGGCGGCCGACAGCGGGAGCAUCCCCAAUGACUGCAACAUGCAGAGCUUACCCAGUGGAGCGCAACUGCUUGUCAAUUUCCAUCUGGAGAAGCACUAUGGGCAGGAAAUAGAUAGACGGUUGGAAAAGAAACUGAAGAUUACACAAAAGGAAAGCAGAAAAUCAAAAUCUCCUCCCAAAGUGCCGAUUGUCAUUCAGGACGACAGCCUUCCCUCAGGUCCUCCUCCACAGAUCAGGAUCUUAAAGAGGCCCACAACUAAUGGUGUGCUUAGUAACCCCAACUCUGCGAGCAGACCAGCUUUUCCGGUAAAGUCUCUGGCACAGAGAGAGGCAGAAUAUGCAGAAGCCAGAAAACGAAUUCUAGGCAGCGCAAGCCCAGAAGAGGAACAGGAGAAACCCAUUCUAGACAGGCCAACAAGGAUCUCCCAGCCAGAAGAUUCCAGGCAGCCCAAUAACGUGAUACGGCAGCCACUGGGUCCUGAUGGUUCACAAGGCUUCAAACAACGCAGAUAGAUAUGGGCAAGAGAUCAUGCUGUCGAAAGCAGGGUCAGCUGCCACGGGUUGCACUGCCGUGGUGGACAAAUGGACUUGAGCAGAGGGAACUACCUGGUUUACUUGCACUGUGAUCCCUUUGCUCUGCCCACUGUGACCUUGAACCCCAUGCACUGUGACUCCCUGCUCCACCCACUGUGAUUGGCACACCGAGGGCUGUCCCAAGUCACUGUAAAAGGAAGGGGGGUACGUUAAGGACUCUGAACAGGUGCAGGGUGUCGUGUGUGCCACUUCAGUUGAAGCUAGCGCCAGCAAUAAUGUUUAUCAUACUCAUUAACCUGGGAUUUAAAAGAAGAAUGAGAAGCUUCCCCAAAUGUGCAUGUUGUGUGUCUCUCUCUCCUGAGCAAGUUCUGUUUCAAAGGAUCUUUGUUUUUUGUUUGUAAAUCAGAUCAACGUUAAACCGAGUGCAUGGGAAAGGUUUUAACUGUUUAGUUUGUUUUAAUUGAGAGAGGUAGUUGGUAGUGUUCUAAAAAAGGAGUUUCUAGGCAUUUCCACAAUAUAAUGGCUAGGAUUUGGCAAGCUUAGCUUCUCGUUCUGUAUUUUCAUUGCUGCCAAGCAAAUGGAAGGGGACUCCUAGGUACCUGGGCUUUCUAAUUGCCUUGGGCCCAGAAACCAGUGGGGUCCAGUGGCCUGGUUCACUUACUGCACCUGUCAUAAGCUUGGUUAGUUUUCCGCUGGCUUGAGGAAAAACUUAGUAAUACAUUUCUUGUAUUUGGGGAGAAGGGAAUGUAGACAGAUCCCAUGGAGACACCUAUUGCCUGCCUGCUGCUUCCAGCAGAGAAAGCAGGGUGAAGGAACAGGGCUCUGUUGCAUCUAGGUUUACAAGCUAGGAAUAGACUAGUU